AUGAAUGGGAAGUUGUGGUUGUUUGCUUUACUUUUGGUUCUCUCUUUGGUGAUUGCAUCUUAUGCAGCUUCAACUCAGCCAUACCAAAUCCGUAAACUUUUGGUUAUAGAAGCACGACCUAGUAAGUCAAGACCUGCGCGUCAAUGUUGCUAGCAAGGCCAAGGCGAAGGCUGCAUGAAAUUUAUGCACAUUCAGAGCUGCUGUUUAUGAAUCGUGGUUGGUUAGAUAUAUGGACCGAUUUAAAAAAAAUUUGUUUUAUAUAUAGUUUUAAAAACAGAUAAUAAACAACAACGGAGGAGGAAAAAUAAAUUGGCAAAACAGUUACACUUUGUAUUCUGUUUAUACCAAUAGAAAGGAAAAAAGAAAGAGAAAGGAGCAAAAAGAAAAAAAGAGUCUCACGUACGUUCUAAUUUCUUAAUGGCAUCUUACAAUUACACCAUCAUUCCAUUUUCCAAAAGCCGGAAAAUUAGCAAGUCGUAAUAAUUUGAUUCAUGUGUAAAUAAAAAAUAUGUGCGAGUAAAAUGAUAUAUAUGAUUAGUUUUGAACUUUUGAUGUGCGUAACAAGAU